AUGCCCCAUUUGGAUGCGGUGAUGAUGGAGUGCGAAAGAUUGAAAAUUAAAGUGAUUUGUGAGGUGAUUCUGAAUAAAAUAAGACAGUGGUACACCCUCCUGGUCUACCACAUGGAAUUCUUCCUCAUGCAGUUGGUUGUUGUGCGUAAAAUUCCACGGCAUGUGGCUUUUAUUAUGGAUGGAAAUCGACGGUAUGCUCGUGAGAUGAAUCUCCCCAUCCCAAUGGGACACCUGGAGGGGCUCCAGAUGCUUCAGCGCCUGUUGCGCUGGCUCUACCUCCUUCGUGUCCCAGAAGUGACUGUGUAUGCAUUUAGUAUUGAGAAUUUCAAACGACCCCAAUCGGAAGUUUCCCUCCUCCAAGCAAUAGCACGAAAUGCAAUUUACCACGUGAAACGACACGAAAUUGACUACAGAAGAGCCAAUAUUCGUUUCCAAUUGAUUGGACGCAUUGACAUGCUACCAGAAGACAUUAGACAAGUCCUCAUCAGUGCUGAAGCACAAACGAAGGAUUGCACAGGAAUGAGAAUAAACAUUGCUGCAGCAUAUACAAGUCGAGACGACAUUGUGGGUGGCAUAAGGAAGGUGUGCAGAAAGGUGGUGAACAGUGCUAUGCAUCCGCAUGAUGUGAAUGAGGAGGAAAUUGAGAGGAAUCUACGGACAAAUCGAUGCAAUAAACCGGAUUUACUUAUUAGGACAUCCGGUGAAACAAGACUCAGCGAUUUUCUUCUCUGGGAGGUUUGUGACUCAAUGCUGUACUUUCUGCCCAAAAAUUGGCCAUGUCUCACCCUGUGGGACAUUGUAAAGGCCCUCCUCCACUUCCAGCGUCACAGCAAAGGCCUCCCAGGCGAUAAGAGUGGUGUGAAAGUGGACAGUGUGGUGAAGGAUGAGCAACAUACUCGUCCGUACGUAGAAGAGGUUGAGGACUAUUUGGAAGCGCAUCAAGAGAUAAAGAAUACAAUGUACAUUUUGGACAAUUUCCAGCGAUAUACGAAGGUACGUGGGAUGAGCGGAAGAGCCUGA